AUAACUGUUUUACUCAUCAUACAUACAUCAAUAUUCAUAUUGUAACUAAUGGCAGAGUCAAAUAUUGUUGCGAAUCAAUACACAGAUUUCCCAGCUGUAUCAACAUAUGAUGGACAGUUUGUUCGUUACAACAUAUUUGGUAAUGAAUUCGAAAUCACUUCAAAGUAUGUUCCUCCCAUUAUGCCUAUCGGUCGUGGUGCUUAUGGAAUCGUUUGCUCAAUGUUGAAUUCGGAGACUAAUGAAAUGGUUGCUAUGAAGAAGAUUAUGAAUGCUUUCGAUAAUUACAUGGAUGCUAAGCGGACGUUGAGGGAAAUUAAGCUUCUUCGACAUUUGGAUCAUGAAAAUGUGGUAGCUAUAAAAGAUGUUGUUCCUCCACCUCAACUGGAUCAAUUCUCAGAUGUCUACUUAGCCACUGAGCUAAUGGAUACCGAUCUUCAUCAAAUUAUCCGAUCCAACCAAAAUUUAUCAGAAGAACAUUGUCAGUACUUCUUGUAUCAACUCUUAAGAGGAUUAAAGUACAUUCACUCUGCCAAAGUCAUUCACAGAGACCUAAAGCCUAGUAAUUUGUUGCUAAAUGCAAAUUGUGAUUUGAAGAUUUGCGACUUUGGGCUAGCCAGACCAAAUGCAGAUAACGACUUUAUGACAGAAUAUGUUGUCACAAGAUGGUAUAGAGCACCCGAGCUGUUACUUAAUUCUUCAGAAUAUUCGGUUGCUAUAGAUGUUUGGUCUGUUGGUUGCAUUUACAUGGAACUCAUGAAUAGAAAACCGUUGUUUGCUGGGAGAGAUCAUGUGCAUCAAAUGAAACUUUUAACCGAGCUUUUGGGCACACCUUCUGCUGCUGAUCUUGGGUUUGUCAAAAACGACGAUGCAAUUAGAUAUAUUUCUCAGCUUCCUCGACAUCCUCGCAAAUCAUUUUUAGAGACUUUCCCACAUAUUAAUCCGUCAGCUAUCGAUCUGGUUGAGAAAAUGUUGACAUUUGAUCCAGCUAAACGUAUAACGGUCGAAGAGGCACUUGCACAUCCAUACCUUGAAAGAUUACAUGACAUUGACGAUGAACCAAUUUGUCCCAACCCCUUUUCAUUUGACUUUGAGCACCAGGUUUUAGGAGAAGAGCAGAUCAAACAACUAAUUUACCAAGAAGCAUUAGCACACAAUCCGGAAUAUGCUUAGAAAAACAUUAUCUUAAACCGUGUUUAUUGCACUCUAUAUAUGCACUAAAAUAAAACUUACCAAAGUUUUUCAAUGUGAAACAAGCAAAUCAAAACUGCAAAAAUGUUGUAUGAUUAACCUAGACAUGUUGCAGCUUCUAUCCAUCCUAUGUUUUACCUGGGGCAUGACUUACAAUAUUCUAGGAAAGUAAUUACUUUCUAGCUAAUUUUUUUGAUUUUUUUGUUGUUUUUACUUUGGGUUAGUAGAGGAAGAAUUGUCUCCUUUAAUAACUUAUAAAUGUUGUAAUACUGGAUUUGUAUGCUACAUAAUAUAAAUUAAUAUUCCCUCCGUCC